CGCAAUCAUCGCGUUAUCCAUUUGCGAACAACAUAAUGAGCGCAAAUUACCAGUGACCAUAUUUUAAGAUAUCUUUUAGUUUGUUGGGAAUUUGAAGUUAGAACUGGUUUGAAAAGAGAACUUAGAAACUUAAGAGAAAAAAAAAAACCUUAAAGCGGCGGAUAUUCGCUGGGGGCGCUGGUUGACCGCUGCGCAACAGGCAAUAUCGCUACUCCGUGUCAGUCAGAUCCGUAAUAUUAACACAAUCUAAAGACCAAAGGGGAGUUUCCAAAGUCAUCAAACCCCUCCAACUUUCUCAUUCUCGGCCAGAGACCACUGAAAAUGGAUCUUAUGAGGGUUGCGGCUCCCUUCUUAUGGUUCUCCGUAUGCUUUGGGAAUUUUCUUGAAGCUGCCGUGCUUGGAUCUUCGCAGUACCCCUCCGGCGCGGGCGAUAACGGGCUAACUUCACAUCUGGAUGAGCGGCAUCGACGAGAAUCGAAGGCGAUAUCCAGAAACGACCCUCGGAGGAACGGCACUGUUGUCCCCCAUGAGUAUAUGAUGUCUCUCUACAGGACGCUUUCCGAGAUCGAGAGACGAGGCACAAACAGCACUCUCUCUCGCAGCACGAGACAUGCCAACACGGUCACCAGUUUCGUGGACCAAGGCAGAGACCGCCCCUCCCCGGAGUCGGGCCAGCGGUACCUCUUCGACUUCUCCACGCUGUCGCGGACGGACGAGCUGGUGGGGGCGGAGCUCCGGGUGCUGAGGAAGAGGCCGGCGCACCUGGCCCAGCUGCUGUCCCGCGGCGGGGCCCUGUACCGCGUGGCCCUCCACGGCUGCAGCGAGGGCCGGCCCGUCCUCGACUCGCGGACCGUGGACCUCCUGGACCGGGAGGCGUCCGGGUGGGAGGUGUUCGACGUGUGGGCGAGCGUCGGGAGCCAGCGCCGGGCCCAGCGGGCCGGCGGCAGCACCCUCUGCUUCAAAAUGGCCGCUGUUUCCGAGGCGACGCAGGAGGCGGUCCACCCGUCCUCGCUGGGCCUGGGCCGGAGGUCGCGACCCCCGCAGGAGCGGGCGCUGCUGGUGGCCUUCUCCAGGACCCGCCGGAAGGAGAACCUCUUCAGGGAGAUCCGCGACAAGAUGAAGUCCAUGGCGGGCGGCGUGGGCGGGUUCCUGGACCCCCCCGACCGGGGCAGGGAGGGGGGACACCCGCCGAGGAGAAGGAGGCGCAGGAGGACGGCCCUGUCGGGACGUCCCGGGGGAACGGGGGGAGGCGGAGGAGGGGGAGGUGGCGGAGGUGGAGGUGGAGGAGGAGGAGGUGGGGGAGGCAGGGGGGGAGGCGGAGGGGGCGGAGGAGGAGGCGGGGGCAGGAGGCGAACCCGCUGCAGCCGCAAGGCGCUGCACGUCAACUUCAAAGAGCUGGGCUGGGACGACUGGAUCAUCGCGCCCCUGGAUUACGAGGCCUACCACUGCGAGGGGGUGUGCGACUUCCCCCUGCGCUCGCACCUGGAGCCCACCAACCACGCCAUCAUCCAGACGCUCAUGAACUCCAUGGACCCGGACUCCACCCCGCCCAGCUGCUGCGUGCCCUCCAAGCUCAGCCCCAUCAGCAUCCUCUACAUCGACUCGGGCAACAACGUGGUCUACAAGCAGUACGAGGACAUGGUGGUGGAGACCUGCGGGUGCAGGUAGCACAACCAAACCCC